GCGCUGGUGAUGCUCCGGUGCCAAGGUGCCGCAGGUCGUGACCCACCGACGGUGACGAUCCCGGACCAGGGCACGGUGAUGGGCAUGUACAUGAAGAUGUUCCGGACGCAGCGAGUCGUGGCGUACCUUGGGCUACCGUACGCCCAGGCACCGGUCGGCGAAAAGCGCUUCACGCCACCGGUCGUCGAUAAUCUGCCGAGCUGGGAGGGUGUGAAGAAUGCCACGAGCCCAGCACCGCAUUGUUGGCAUAUGCCACGGGAUACGCACCGGCGCCAUAACCAGCUGUUCAUGGAGCUCAUCCAGAUGAACGACGAUGCAGGCACGGAGCGGCAGUACGACGAGGAUUGUCUCUUUCUCAACAUCUACAUACCGGACACAACAAUGCCCACGGAUGGUUACUCGGUGCUGGUGACGUUUCCCACGGGUGACUUCGAUGGCGAUACACCGUUCACGUUGAAUCCGUUCCAGAUGGUGUUUAAGCAGAAGAUUAUCGUCGUGACGGUGGGCUACCGGUUGGGAAUCUUUGGCUUUUUCACCAGCGUGGACGGUGAAGCACCGGGCAACUUUGGCCUGAUGGACCAAUCGGCUGCCCUGCUCUGGGUGAAGCGGAACAUCCGGCUGUUCAACGGGAACGAGGAAUCGGUUACGAUUAUGGGCCACGGCACGGGGGCAAUCUGCGUGGGUCUACACCUGAUGUCGGGCGAAUGGACGGACGAUAUGUUCCACAAGGCGAUCCUGAUGUCCGGCAGUGUGCUGAUGGAUUCGAGCGUCCGACCGGCCAAGCAAUAUGCAUCCGCUUUGGACGAGCUGGCGACAUCCUUCGGGUGCUAUCGUCGGCCGACCACAAAGCUGAUGGAUUGUUUGCGGCGGGCGGAUGCCCAGGUUCUGGCCGAGAACUCACCGCCCAUCGAGUGGGGUCCGGUGAUCGAUCGGGGUCUCAGCAACACGACCACACCCUUCAUCUCGGACCACCCGAGCAUGCUGGUCCACCAGGGUAAGCUGCGCAAGGUACCGCUCCUGAUCGGCCACACGGACAUGGAGGAGGUGCUGGAGCUGACCAUGGGCGACGUGGUCGAGCAUGGGCUCGGUGUGGAGAUGUUCGAGACGCUGCUCGGUGACGUCGUUAUGAACGAUCUGGCCGAGAUGGACUUUAACGAGACGCUGUGCGGUGGUAACAUGGACAUCGUGAUGGAGGCCGUCCACUAUCAGUACAAACCGUACCCACCGACCACGGAUCCGUUGGCACUGCGCCGGAAGUACAUCGAGUUUGCGACGGAGCGGAAGUACGUGGCACCGACGAUCGAGCUGGCCAUGCACAUGAGCCAGCAGGCGGACACGUACGUGUAUCGGUUCGACAUCAAACCACGGACGGCGGUGGCACUGAAGGACAUUCCUGAGUGGGUCGGAGUGCCGCACAACUUUGAGCUGAUCUUCCUGUGGGGCAUGCCGUACUGGUUGGCGCUGGCCGAUCAGAUGCAGUGGGAUAGCGCCGACAAGCGGGUGGCCGACAUCGUGAUGACCAUGUGGGCCAACUUUGCCAAGUUUACCAACCCGACACAGGUCGGGGUGUACAUUCGGUGGGAGAAAUUCACCGUCACCGAGCCGGGCGUGCUCAUCAUCGAUCGGUCGUUCAACAUGAGCGAUCACACGACGAUGAGCUUCGGGGCGGUCAAGUUCUGGAACCAUUACUAUCCGAGCGUUAUCAACUUUGCGGCCCAGUGCUGUAAUGCCACGUUCAGUGGAUCGGCCAGUAAGCACCUGGCGUCCGGUGUUACGGUCGUGCUGUGUGCCGUUCUGUUACAAUCAUUCGCUUACGUGCACACGAGAUACCUGGUGCUGGUGCGGCCGACGUAGUACAGCGGAGCAGAUUGUCGAAGGCGAAAUGGCGGCAGGGAGGACUUGUUGUAAUAAAUCCAAUUGUACAUAGUGGUGGUGGAGCAGUGGU